AUGAUGGUGCACUGUGCUGGCUGCGAGCGGCCCAUCCUCGACCGCUUUCUGCUGAACGUGCUGGACCGCGCGUGGCACGUCAAAUGCGUUCAGUGCUGCGAGUGUAAGACCAACCUCUCGGAGAAGUGCUUCUCGCGCGAGGGCAAGCUCUACUGCAAAAAUGACUUCUUCAGGCGCUUCGGCACUAAGUGUGCAGGCUGUGCGCAAGGCAUCUCGCCCAGUGACCUGGUGCGCAAGGCCCGCAGCAAAGUCUUCCACCUCAACUGCUUCACCUGCAUGGUCUGCAACAAGCAGCUGUCCACGGGCGAGGAGCUCUACGUCAUCGACGAGAACAAGUUCGUGUGCAAGGACGACUACCUGAGCUCGUCCAGCCUCAAGGAGGGUAGCCUCAACUCAGUGUCAUCCUGUACGGACCGCAGUUUGUCCCCGGACCUCCAGGACCCACUCCAGGACGAUCCCAAGGAGACGGACAACUCGACGUCGUCGGACAAGGAGACGGCCAACAACGAGAACGAGGAGCAGAACUCGGGCACGAAGCGGCGCGGCCCGCGCACCACCAUCAAAGCCAAGCAGCUGGAGACGCUCAAGGCCGCCUUCGCCGCCACACCCAAGCCCACGCGCCACAUCCGCGAGCAGCUGGCGCAGGAGACCGGCCUCAACAUGCGCGUCAUCCAGGUGUGGUUCCAGAACCGACGGUCCAAAGAACGCCGGAUGAAACAGCUGAGCGCCCUGGGCGCCCGGAGACACGCCUUCUUCCGGAGUCCGAGGCGCAUGCGCCCGUUGGGAGGCCGCUUGGACGAGUCUGAGAUGUUGGGGUCCACUCCGUACACCUACUAUGGAGACUACCAGGGCGAUUACUACGCGCCCGGAGGCAACUACGACUUCUUCGCGCACGGCCCGCCGUCGCAGGCGCAGUCCCCGGCCGACUCGAGCUUCCUGGCCGCCUCGGGGCCCGGCUCGACGCCGCUGGGCGCGCUGGAGCCGCCGCUCGCCGGCCCGCACGCCGCCGACAACCCCAGGUUCACCGACAUGAUCUCGCACCCAGACACGCCGAGCCCCGAGCCGGGCCUGCCGGGCGCGCUGCACCCCAUGCCCGGCGAGGUGUUCAGCGGCGGCCCCAGCCCACCCUUCCCCAUGAGCGGCACCAGCGGCUACAGCGGACCCCUGUCGCACCCCAACCCCGAGCUCAACGAGGCCGCCGUGUGGUAA